AUGCUGCUUAGAUUCCAGCCGUUCAAAGGGAGGAGCUACUUGCACCUACAGGAUCAGAAUCUCUCCCUUCUAACGAGAGUUCCAGAAGCUGAAUACGACCACAUCGAAUCACUUGAUAACGAGAGCAACCAGCCAACUGGUUCCCCCAUCGCUACCCCGACCUCCUUAUUCGACGCCAUAUCUGAGCAGCUUCGCUCGGGGUUGGAAGCGGUAUACAGGGAGAUGGAGUUUGCCGCCCAGUCGCAGCUCAGGCGGUCCACCUUGGACCGAUGCAAGCUCGUCGUGCGGCUGGGGAAGCUGCUGUUCGGGCCGCCGUUUGGAUCGCCAGAGUCGCUCCUCCCCAGCCUACCGCCGUUCACAGCUGGUGCAUUGGAAUCUACCCUAAACAGGCGCGCUCAGCGCCUGCCAACCAGGGUGCAUCGGUCGCUGGAGACAGGCAUGCCUGAGCCGCUGUUCCAAGCCGUGGAGAAUAUUGUGAUGACGGGGGACGGGGUCAGCACAUGCACGAGAGAGAAGUACCACAUACGGGUACAAGACACGGAACAGGUUGACACGGAGUACAAGCUGAUAUGCAAGCCUGAUCCGGAUGGUUCAGGGGUUAUCCUCGUUAAGGUGAAGCACAACCCACUCCGCUAUGCAGUCAUCGACGUCUCUCGCCCCUCCAGAGCCAUUGACUUCCGCCUCAUGCUCUCCACCGACACCCGCGUCUCUCAUCUCCUGGAGCCCGUUGACUUCCACCUCAUGCGCUCCACAGACACUCGCCUCUGCGCUCUCGAUAUACGUCUGUGCGGUAUGUGUGCUCUCCCCGUUUUUUUCUCCCCUCUCACCCAGGAGGCCACUCGAUCAGCAUCAUGUGAGCGCAUAGCAUCGACCGCAAUCAUCGAGGAGAGUGGAAAAGGCGGCCUGCACUGGCCCAUCACACUCGACUUUGACGUCGGGAUGAAGGACGCGCGCUCACCGUCCCACACACCAGCAGCACCACCAGCGCCGUCGCAUCGCUUCAGAGUGAAGAGUGUGCGGCAUCAGAAGCGGCUGCGGGUUCGGUCGGGCGGGCAGGUGUGGAAGCUGUCGCGAGUGAAUGGGGUGGAAUAUGACCAUGGGGGAGGGCGCCUCACGAAUGAAGUGGAGUUUUCCCUGCUGGCCUGGCAAGAUGCCAUGAAGACAAAGCAGGAGGCAAGGGAUGGUACGGCUGUUGCCCCUUCUCCCUCUUUCCUGCCGGACGAGCCUUCACCCAAAGCCUACUCGGCGGGAUCUUGCUUUGACCCUAGCUUGCAGCAGGCAGCACCACAGUGGACUCCAGACAGCAUUCUUGCCGAUUGUCCCUCCCUCAUUAACUGGCUGCAGGAGCACUUGCCAUAG